GUGGAUAUCCAAGUUCCUGUGCAAUCAUGAAACUAUCGUUGGCAGUUUUGUUUUUGGCUUCUGCUUUAGCAUUCGCUAAAGGCAAUCGUACUGAGGAUCUAAGCCCGGAUAACGUGAUCGUCAAUGGCUAUCCAGCCUACGAAGGCAAGGCUCCCUACAUUGUUGGCCUCUUCCUGUUCACGGACGGCAGCAACAGCGCAGCCGUCGGGGCAGGCAGCGUGAUAUCCCAUAACUGGGUCCUGACCGCGGCCCACUGCCUCACCACGGACUCAGUGGACAUCCACUACGGAUCGAAUCGGGGCUGGAACGGCCUGUACAAGCACCACGUCAGGAAGGAGAACUUCAUCCGUCAUCCAGGCUUUGGCAACUCGGCUGGCCACGACAUCGGCCUCAUCCGCACUCCGUAUGUGGAGUACACCAACGUUGUCAACAGGAUCCCCCUUCCGAAGUUUGGACAAAAGGGAGAACGCUUCGUGAACUGGUGGACCGUCCUUUGCGGCUGGGGUGGCAUGGCCAAUGGCAAUCUCGCUGACUGGCUCCAGUGCAUGGACGUGCAGAUCAUCAGCAACGACGAGUGUGCCAGGAGCUACGGCUCUGUGGCCAGCACCGACAUGUGCACCAGGCUGUCGGAUGGCAAGAGUGCCUGCGGUGGUGACUCUGGUGGCCCUCUGGUCACACACGACAAUCCCACCCAGGUGGGCGUUAUAACCUUUGCCUCCGGCAACUGUAAGAGUGGACCUUCCGGCUACACCCGUGUCACCGAUCACUUGGACUGGAUACGCGAAAAAUCCGGAGUGGCCUAUUACUAACUUUGGUCAUAGCUGCUCGACGAAACAUGCUUUCCUUUAUUUUUUUUCUUUUCUUUCAAUAUAUAAAUAAAUAUUUUUUUCGGUGUAAUUGACACCGCGAGCAUUCAAAAACAGUA